ACACAUUCAAGGAAGAGGAACUCACAAGUCUUCAGCCAAAAAGAAGAUCACAAAAGCUGAAAGCAACAAUGACUUCCGAAAGUGCCUUGCCUGUGGAUUCUUCAAAGUGGGAUAAAAGUUGUAUAACUUGUUCCAUCUGCACAGAGAUUUUCACUGAGCCUGUCACAACUCACUGUGGUCACUCUUUCUGCCGGGAGUGUCUAAAGAGAGCCAUUGACAACGGUAUCAGCGAAUGUUCUCUGUGCAAGGGGAAACUGGAAAUUCCUCCACAAGUGAACAUCAUUCUGAGAGAUAUCAUCUCUCAGAUCAAAAGCAGCCUGGAUCAGAAAGCAGACGAGUGUAAACCUGGUGAAGUAGCAUGCGACAUUUGCACCGAACGCAAGAUAAAGGCAGAGAAGUCUUGCCUUGUGUGCCUCUCUUCGUACUGCUCCGCCCACCUGGAGAGUCACUUGAAGACAAAGAGGCUGAAGGGUCACAAGCUGGUGGAACCUGUGGAGAACUUGGACGAGAGGGCCUGUGCUAAACACUGGCGCCCCCUGGAGCUGUUCAGUAGAGGGGAACAGAAAUGCAUCUGUACGCUGUGCAUGAAAGAAGGUUUGGAGGACGUGGUGUCCAUCGAAGAAGAGUGGAGCAAGAAAAAGGCUGAGAUUGAACAAGUCAAAACAGAACUCGGAGAAAAAGUGAAGAGCAGACAAAAAAACGUGGAGGACAUUAAUAAAUCCAGAGAUUUCUGCAAGAAUGCACUGGAAGAAGAGUUUUUUGAUGUUGAGGAAGUAUUUACAGCAACACUCGAUUUGGUUGAGCAGACCCAGAAAAAAGUGCUCCAGCCGAUGGUGGACCGGAGGCAGGUUCUGGAGAAGGAAGCCAAAGCCAUCACUGAUGACUUUGAUGCGGACAUCUGUCGACUCCAGAAGGCCAUUUCCGACCUGGACAAAGUUUAUUCCCUUGAGGAUCCCAUUCACUUCCUCCAGACCUAUCCGUCGCUUCAAGACCUGGAAAGCAUUGAAGGGGACAUCAAGGUGUCCUACGAUAUGUCACUGUGUUUUGGGAGCAUGAGGAAAACCACAAUGAUGAUGCAGAAACAGAUCGAAAAGGAAAUGGAGCGGUUGACGGCCAUUGAACUGAAACGACUUCCAGCAUUUGCAGUGGACGUGCGGCUGGACCCGGAGUCAGCACACAAACACCUGCUUCUGUCUGAGGACGGACAGCAAGUGCAAGACAGCGGAGAGGAACAAGACAGAGCAGACAGUCCAGAGAGAUUUGAUCUGUUUGCCAGCGUGCUGGGCGUCAACACACUGUCGGGCGGGAAGGCGUACUGGGAAGUGGAUGUCGGUGACAAGACAGGGUGGGAUCUGGGUGUGACAAGUGUCAAAGCAAAACGUAAGGGGAAACUAUCACUCAGUCCAGCCAACGGCUACUGGGUCAUCGUUCACUACGAAGGGAAUAAGUUUGCCGCCAUGACAGACCCGCCAGCACUCCUCAACGUGAAGCAGAAGCCAGCAAGAGUGGGAGUGUUUGUGGAUCACGACGACGGACUGGUGUCCUUCUACAAUCUGACGGACAAAUCUCACAUCUUCACCUUUGAUGAGUGUUCCUUCUCUGAGCAGCUGCUGCCAUAUCUCAGUCCUCAUUUGAAGCAGGGCGAGAAAAACUCUGCCCCACUGAAAAUCUGUGCUGGCGGUCACGACAAGCAGAGCCAAGAGUCUUCGAAAGAAGUGCAAGAAAUGUCCCAUAAGACUCUUCAAAUUUGUCACUGUGGGUGGUCCAGUGUGACAACUUAUCACGGGCUGAGAACUCAUCAGGGGAAAAAAGGAUGCACACCAAAGGGACAAACAAUCCCACAACACGAAUAUUCAAGCCACUGCUUCACCUCUUCAAGCUGGAACUCUCCAAGGCAGGGGUUGAGCACGGGGGUGGCUUAUGAUGAUAAGCCUCGUAUGACUCCAUCAGUGCCUGGAAUCUUUCAGUCUUCAGUUGCUACUCUCAGUGGAAUGUAUGGGGAUGGCAUGAUGAGCAGUAGUGAACAGUACGCAGUGCUGAAUAGCGGUGGCAAUAAGGGUAGAGAACAAACAUGGGACAGCAAAAGCGCGCCUUCACCUUCAAGGAAUGUGUCAGCGUCUUUGAUCCACAUCGAGGAGCCACUGCUGGAUCCUUCCACUAACCUCAUAGAGGACCAAUACAAAGAAGUGAGCAUCAUGGAUCCGAUGACUCAGCUCGGUGUGAAGGGAAACGUCCCACCAUCAACAGCCUUGCCCAGAAUGAGUCUGAGCCUCAUUCAGAGUCAACACUUGGAAUGUCUCCAGCAGAGCAGCGGACUGCUUCCAAGUGUUGCCAGUCAACAAGAGAAACAUUCCAUCAGUUUUACUCCACUUUACCCUGCUAUUGCAGAUGAGGCUUUGAUUCAAAUGCUCAGAGGAAUGAAACAACCUGACGACCUCGGCAAGAUUCCUCCUCCCCAGAUGUAUUACAUACCACAGCAACAGAUGUCUCAUUUUAAUGCACCUAGCACCCACACAGUUGCUCCAACCAGAGCCGCCAUAACAGCGACAGACAGCACAGCAGACUUGGCAAUCACGGACAAGAGAACUCUUCAAGAGAUGAUGGGAAAUCCUUCAAACUCAAGCGGAAAUUCCAGAGGCGACUUGAACAAUUUUCCAAGUCAACAGACAUCUAGACCACUGACUGAAGACCCAAGUAAAACACAGUUGCUGUUGGCAAAAGAUCCAGGUGGUUCAUCAACCGCAAACAAUACAGAAGGUGAAACACUUUUUCAAACUCCACAAGGAGAUCAAAAAAGUGUCAGUGCUGCUGAAGGACCUCGCAGGAGACUGGACUUUUCUGCUGACAAGGCAACGGUUGCAGAGGAAUUGGGCAACACCACAGCAAUUAAAGCUGAUGACGCCGCGCUUGAUGUGAGAGAAAAAGAAAAUCAAAGAACUGCUCAAAAAAUGUUGAAGACCAGGCAAGACCAGAUGAGGACCUUCUUAGAAGUUGAGACUCGCGCAAGAGAGAAAAGGCUGGCUGAGGUCAAAUCUUCUGUGAAAGAUUGUGCAAAGCGUUUGGCAGAUGAGUGGUUGGAGAUCGACCUGGUGUUCUUGGAAGUGAUGAAGACCGUGGAGGACACAUGGCAGAAAGCUCUUCAGCCUUUGGAACAACGGAGACUGGACAUGGAAAAAGAAGCUUCAGCCGUGGUCCAGAAGUUAGAAAGUGACAUAGGGAGUUUUAAAAGACAGAUGAAGGAAAUGGAGCAAAACCCGAGCGUUCAGGUCCCAUCCCUGAAGACUGUGGACAGAUCUAAAGACUGGAAAAAACUGUCCGUCAACAUGAGCAGCAGCUUUGGGAGCCUGAGAACUUCAACAUCAUCAAUGGUGGAUGAAAUAAACCAGAAAUUAGAAAAGCUGUCUGUUGUCGAACUCAAGAGGAUACCCACAUUUGCAGUGAAUGUGAUGCUGGACCCGGAGACCGCACACAGUUGUCUGGUUGUUUCUCCAGAUGGCAGGAAUGUGAAAGACGGAGGAAACAGACAAGAAGGAGCUGAUUCACCAAAGAAGUUCAGUCUCUUCGGCAGCGUUUUGGCAUCAAACACAUUCACCUCCGGCAGGUGCUACUGGGAGGUGGAGGUCACCAAUAAGACGGGCUGGGACCUUGGGGUAGCUUCAGGCAAGGCUAAUCGUAAGGGAAAGAUCAACCUUCAUUCCGGUAAUGGCUACUGGGUAAUAGUGCACUACGAAGGCAGCAAGUACGCAGCUCUGUCAGUUCCAGCCACCAGUCUUUCCCUCAAGUCCAAACCUGACCGAGUAGGAGUGUUUGUGGACUACGAAGACGGUCUUGUGUCCUUCUACAAUGUCACUGAUCAGUCCCAUAUCUACUCCUACACGGGAUGUGCCUUCAGUGAAGAGAUUCAUCCAUAUUUCAGUCCUCACCUUCGACAAAAUGAGAUGAAUGCAGAGCCCCUGGUUAUCUGCCCUGUGAAAAAGUUGCAUUGAGCAGAAAUCUUUCGUGUGUUUGAAGUGUGAAUGGAAGCUGAUUUUAGAUUGUUAUAUGCAUUUUCUGCUGUGAGAAAUUAUAGUAAUAAGUUCACAGUGGUCCGGAUAACAAAUUUUCUUCUUUUUUUUGUCAAUAUUUGUUUCCAUCAAGAUUAAUGGUCUUAUUGUAGAUGAUCUCAACUGUCAUGUUGACAUUUUAUCUUUUGUUAUGUUUUGACCUGAAAGAAAACAAGUGUUUUGCACCAGAUCCAUUGGUUAAAAGCUUCUCACAUUUUUGGAAAUUGCACUGUUUGAGCAUGCUUGUCUCUCAGUUGUAUCUUUGUAAAUGUGUUUGCAGUGUGCUGCAUAUUCCCGUUAUCCCAUAUUACCAUGACUCUAUUCAUGUCAACAUGUAUUUUACAUUCUGUCCUCAUAGACGCAAUAAAAUAAGA